CUCCCUCUCCCUCUCCCUCCCUCCGCCACCACCCACACGACUCGCGGCAGAGCCCAGUCAGUCAGCGCUACCUCCUACUUGGGAGCCGCGUGUACCUCACUUGCACCCGUCGUAUACAUGUCCUGUCAUGUUGUGUCGAGUCUACUAACUAGUUACUACUACUACCACUGCUCUAUACUCCUCUCUGCUGCCGCCCUCCGAUUGUGGUAGUCUGUAGGCUGUCCCGGUGAUAUCCGCAGUAGAAGAGAGCAGCAGAGCGAACGACGAAAGAGAAGAGACGAGAGGCAAGAGACCGGAGAGACGGCGAGAAGAGGGGAAAGAGACGAGGGGGAGACGAUAGAGCCAGAAGGGAAGAGAAGAGAGCGAGAGAGAGAGAAGAGUCAACAUGGCCCCUAUGAAAUUAUCUCGACCGACUGCCUCCACUGCCAUCCCCGCCGCCGCAGCAACCGCUGUUGCCGCCUACCUCAACGGCCGCUAUAGCUUCACCUCCGACCUGUGGGCCAUCUCGAAUGCCGUGUGGUAUGGCGUACUCUUGGGCAAGCUGGAGAAGCAGGGCAGGAUCAAUGUCUUCUACCGCUUGGAAGAGCUAGCGACCACUCCGGCCCACGCAAACAAUAUCUUCCUGGUCGUGCCAUCCGCAGACGCGCAGUCCCCCACUGCGCAGACGGAAUGGACAUAUGCCGAAGCAUACGAGUUGAUCUUGAGAUAUGCCAGAUGGCUCAACGAAACGCACCGCGUCACCAAGGGGGAAAUCAUCGCGAUGGACUUCAAGAACAAGCCGCAGUUUGUGUGGUUGUGGUUUGCCCUGUGGUCGCUGGGUGCAGUGCCAGCCUUCCUCAACAGCAACUUGCGAGACAAUGCAUUUAUACACUGCGCCAAGGUCUCGACCACGCGCCUGCUGAUUAUUGAUCCCGAAAUCACAGAUGCCCUCACGGAAGAGGCUCUUGCUGCCUUUCGGCCUGAUAGCAAGGGGAAAGCGAUCGACACUGUUGUCCUCGAUGCGCAGGUCGAGGCCACAAUCGCCUCACUCGACCCAUAUCGUGCCCCAGACUCCGAGCGCUCGGGUAUCACUCGGGCGUCGACGUCGCUCCUCAUCUACACCUCGGGGACCACAGGCCUGCCAAAGGCGGCCAACGUGGCCUGGAACAAACCAGCGUCCGGUGCCUACUUUUUCCCGAAAUUGCUGGGCAUGAAGCCAGAUGAUCGGUACUAUACUGCUAUGCCAUUGUAUCACUCUUCCGCUUCUGUACUGGGCCUUUGCCAAGUUCUAGGUCCUGGUAGCACCAUGGUUGUCUCCCAGAAAUUUUCUCCCAGAACGCAGAUGAAGCAGAUCUCCGAGACGGGCGCGACCAUCAUGCAGUACAUCGGAGAGAUGUGUAGAUAUAUGGUCUCCAGUCCUUCCACGCCGUAUGACAAGGCCCACAAGCUACGUCUGGCAUUCGGGAAUGGCAUGCGACCCGAUGUAUGGCAAAACUUCAAGGAUCGAUUCGAUAUCGGGACCAUUGUAGAGUUUUACGGUGCCACCGAGGGACCAGGCGCAUCCUUUGUCUAUUCUAACAACGACUUCUUGAGAGGUGCCAUUGGGAAGUCUGGCCUGCUGGCUCGUACUUUAUUCGGCGGCAAUCAGACCAUCUUGAGACACGACCACGAGACGGACCUUCCAUAUCGGAAUCCCAAGACUGGUUUCUGCGAGAAGGUCGAAACGAACACGCCGGGAGAGUUGUGUUAUUGGUUGGACCCCGAGAACGUGAACGACAAAUUUCAAGGUUACUUGGGUAACGACAAAGCCAGCGGGAGCAAAAUCAUCCGCAACGUCUUCAAAAAAGGCGACGCAUAUUACAGAUCCGGUGACCUGCAAAGAAUCGACAGUGACGGCAGAUGGUGGUUCGUCGACCGCAUCGGCGACACGUAUCGAUGGAAAGCCGAAAACGUCAGCACUGCCGAAGUCUCCGAAGCACUAGGCACUCAUGCCGCGCUACAAGAAGCCAACGUCUAUGGUGUGCAGCUGCCCCAUCACGACGGUCGAGCGGGUUGUGCUGCAAUUAGCUUGGCAGCAGGCCAGAAGCUCGACGACAGUCUCUGCGCCGACCUCGCAGCCCACGUCCGCAAACGACUUCCCAAAUAUGCAGUCCCGCUGUUCCUGCGACUGACACAGGAGUUGGAGGUGACGGGCACGAUGAAGCACCAAAAGGUCACCUUGAGAAAUGAAGGCGUAGACCCUGCACAGACAGGAGAGGAUCAGAUCUACUGGCUCCCGCCGGGCAGUACCAAGUAUGAGAAAUUUUCGAAAGCGGAUUGGAAGAGGCUCGAGGGCGGCGAUGCAAAGCUUUGAUCACAAAUAGAACGCGGCAAACGAACAUGACACAUGGCAGACGGAUAUUUUCUCAGCUACUAUCGAAACGGGAUUACACCAGGGAGCGCUCGAGCUAUGGGAACAGUUGAUACCAGAAGAUAUUUUUAACGAUGACGUAGCUAAUAGCAAGUGAAGGGAAUCCAGUCCAAUUAUGCAAUUUGUGUGGAACUCGAUUUCGAUUCUAUGCCCCAUGUUAUUAUAUAUGAUGUCUAACAGCCUAGUUCCUUCUCAUGCCACCGUCACCCCGAGGAAUCAUGUUCCUGCGAGAAGGGUGAAUGUGCGAUUGGUCAUCUUCACGCCUCGCGACUGCGGGGACCGCUGCAGCUUCACGUCGGGGUGGAGAUCUGGACCUCGAAGUCUCGGGAGAACUGGUGUUCCUCCUUCGUCUCGCAAUAGGAACCCGUCUGGGUGGCGAGCGCGAUCUGCUGGUGUCUCGUCUAGGCGGCGAGGAGUGGGAGAAGGAACGACGGUUCCUGGAUCUGUUACGACGGGGCGGAGAAACAGAUCGGCUCUGUGUCCUGCCUCUGCGACGUGGCGAUGGAGAAGGAGAUUCUGACGGAGCACGGCCUUUUCCGUUGGCUCUGCGCGGAGGUGAGCGUGAACGAGAUGACACAUCACGUCUCCUGCGUGGUGGACUGCGCGAGCGUGAGAUCGAUCGGUCGCUGUAGCUGUCUCUCCGCCCUCGUCGCGGUGGACUGCGAGACAAGCUAUCGGAGUCACGUCGCCGUCGACGUGGUGGAGACCGGGAAUCAAAAGAAGCAGACCUUCGCCUUCUGGGAGUAGGUGAACGAGAGAGCGACAUUGCUCUCUUGCCAUUGCUUCUGGGCGUUGGUGAGCGAGAAUAGCUGCGAUCUCUGCCACGUCGUGGUGGGGUACGGGAUCGAGAUCUGGAUCUGGAUCGCAAGUCGGAGCGCGAGGAAUAGCUGGAGUAGCUGCUGUAGCUGCUGUAGCUGCUGACACUCGCACUUCUGCCUCUUGUUGGCGACUGACUCCUUGCCGCCGGUAAUGGUGCAGGAAUGGAUUUUGGCAUGUUCUUCAGCCAUUCUCUCAUGCCCUCUGUGAGCGGUCCCUUGCCAAUCGCAGUGAAAAAAUUGAUGCUGAAGCGAGUGUUCUUCGGAUCGUCGGUUGGGAACAUGCCGGUGAGAGCAGUCUGCAACCCAUCGUCCUGGAAGCGCGCAACCAGUUUCUUCAUGCCAAGACCAGCUUCGAGCUCUUCGAUCAAGAUCUUGACAAAGAUACGACUUGAGCUCGUGGUGUCUUCCUCAUUCAGCUUGAUGACUUGGAACACUGUCCAGUCAAUGGCAUCUGUCGACAAGAGAUGGCCAAAGAAUUGGGCAAUGAUUCUCAGUCGAUUCGUCUCGAAGCGGUGUAUCGUCUCGUAGUACUUCAAGAAUUGUUCCUGGAACAGCUCCUUCCAUAAACGAUUUAGUUUGCAGAAGCGUUCGCCGAUCAAUCCAAAGAAUUUGUUAAAGGUCCGCUCUUGACUGCAGCACUCGAUGAUCAUUGAUGGUAGCUCAUCUUCACGCCCGGUAGGCAAAUUGAUCCGCAUGAGUUUAUGGCAGGCCUCUUCGAACGUACCAGAUGACAUGAUUGUCAGAUAGAUCGAUCGACGAAGGUUGACGAGAUCAGUAUUGGACUGAUCCUUGAUCUCCAGCGCCUUUUCUUCGGCGUCGUCGUCAUCCUCCUCGCUGCUUGAGGCCGAACUCUGCUCGUCCUCGUCGUCACUGCCUUCCACCUCUCCUAAGAUCUCUGCCUUUAGCUUCUUAUAUGCCUCCUCAUUGGCCUCAAACUCUGGGUCAACCUUGAAUAUGUUCAGACCGUCUUCCGUCUUCAGCUUAUCGUCAUCAAGCGAAGGCCGAUGAGUAAUCUGGUCCUCUUCUUCCACAAGAUCUAGCUCCUCCUUGAUAGCUUGGUGGUCCUUGUAUUUGUCCUUCCUGAUCUGGAACAGCACUUCGAUCAUGUACUGCACCCGCUUGUCGAUGUCGGCCUCGUGCAGAAUUCCUCUGAACUGGUCAUACACAGCAAGUGCAAUCGAAGAGUUCAUCUCCUCAAUGUGGUGUCCGACCUCCUUCAUCAGACCAACCGCGAUCUCCACGCUAUCGUCUGUUGGCUUGUGUAAAAGCAGUAGCAGCAUCUGCGCUGCAAGCAUUUCAUGUGCGACCUGCUGAUUGAUCAAGUGCGCGAUGAAGGUCGUGCUGCUGUGGCACACGCUUUUAUCAUUUCUCUUAUAGGCCUUGCGAAAUUGUAUGAUCAAUCUGUUGAUCAAGAGUUCCCCCACCUGGGGCAAUUUGGUAUUCACAAUAGCUACCAUUGCUGCAUAAAUGGGUGUGAAGGGCAGACUGGCUGCCUGCGCCUUCAUGAUGCUCCGGCAAAACAGUCCUCGCCCUCGCACCAGAUUCUCGUUGAACAAUUCCGGCACAAUAUGCUUGAUGUUGGAAACGUUGACUUUGUUGAUCAGACCAUUGAUCGACUUCUUCAGGGCCUCCCAGGCCAUACGCUGGUACUCCUUCGACGUCUUGUCGGUAAUCUGUGCCUGUAGCGCCUUCAGUCUGGCAGGCGGGAUAUAUGUGCCACCAGAGCGCAUAUUCAACAGCUUGUCGUACUCUGCCUUGGCAACAGCCUGUUUCUCUUCGUCCGUCAGAGGCUUUGCUGGCUUUUCGUCGUCCUCCUUCUGGCGCAUCUCCAGCUGCCGCGCUCGUUCUUUCGCUCGCGCUCGAUCCACGUCUCGUGGCAGUGGUCCAGUGUUGCGUGGGAGCGGAGAUCGCGACAGGGAGCGUCUUCGCAGGGCUGGCGCAUCUCGUCGUGGUGACGGCGAUCGGGAUAUCGACGUGCGCUUGCGCGAGACGCUCUCUGCGGCUGCCGUGUCAUCGCCCGGGCCUGGUGUGGGCAGCCGCACUGCAGAUUCGACGGCGGCCAUGUUGGCGUU